AUUUUAUUUUGUCAACAAACUUGACAUUGAACUGGCAUGAGACGAAAAAAUGCGAAAAAUAGUUCUGUUUAUAUCAAAAUAUAUUUCGAACCCAAUAUUUAUAAAUUCUAAGUUUUCGACCGUGUCUUGGAGAUCAGGAGUUCUUUGUCAGAAAUCUUAUAUCCAACAAGAGCAAGUUCAAGUAGAUAUUAAUGGACCACUGGAAGCUUACAACAAAAAAAUAAAUAGAGGAGAGCUUCAUGAAGAUAAACAUCAAAGAGAAAUUGUUGAAGAUUUAGAGAGGCUAAAUGAAGAGUUAAUAAAUUACAAACCACAUUCACAAUCACAAACAUCAUGGCUUUCUCAGGCAUUUGGUGGGGGAAGGAAUUCAGAAAGUCAGCCACCUCAGGGUCUCUAUUUAUAUGGAAGUGUUGGUUGUGGAAAAACUAUGCUUAUGGACAUGUUUCAUGAAAACUGUCACAUUGAAAAGAAACAAAGAGUUCAUUUUAACAAAUUUAUGUUAGAUGUACAUAAAAGAAUACAUGCACUAAAGAAAAAAGCACCUAAAGUUACCAAUGUAAGAAAAUCAAAUGCAUUUGACCCAAUCCCGCCAGUUGCUCAGGAAAUUAGUGAAGAAGCUUGGUUACUCUGUUUUGAUGAAUUUCAGGUUACUGAUAUUGCUGAUGCAGUUAUUUUGAGAAAACUCUUUACAGAAUUAUUUGAAAAUGGUGUAAUAGUUGUUGCCACAUCCAAUAGAUCCCCAGAUGAUCUAUAUAAAAAUGGUCUUCAGAGAGGAAAUUUUGUUCCUUUUAUACCAAUUCUUAAGAAAUAUUGUAAAAGUAUAUGUUUAGAUUCUGGUAUAGAUUAUAGAAUGAGGACAUUACCAUCAGAAGGAAAAGUUUAUUUUGUAUCUAGUGAUUGUGAUAGUAGUAAAGAAUUAGAUAGAUUAUUUAAUGAAUUCUGUAUCAAUCAGAAGCAGGAUGUGGUAUCAAGAGAAUUAAUUGUAUUAGGAAGAUACUUGAAACUUCCAGUUACAUGUGGUAAAGUUUUAGAUGCAACAUUUUCUGAUUUAUGUAUGCAGGCUUUAGGGGCUGUAGAUUAUCUAGAGAUAAGUAAAGAGUUUGAUGUAGUUAUAAUUAGAGAUAUACCAACUAUGAAUUUAAGUAGAAAAACUGAAGCCAGAAGAUUUAUUACUUUAAUAGAUACUCUUUAUGAUAAUAAGGUUAAACUUGUAUGUUCAGCUGAUGCUCAACCUAAAUUAUUAUUUUCUACGGGUUCAUUAAGUCACAAGGAUGAACAAAACAACAGAGCUUUAAUGGAUGAUUUAGGAAUAACACCAGAGACUGCUACAGCAAGUGUAUUUACUGGGGACGAAGAGUUAUUUGCCUUUGAAAGAACGAUAUCUAGACUAACAGAGAUGCAGACAGAAGAAUAUUGGAAUUUAGACAGAGAAAAAUCUAAAUCAUGAUGAUAGUUAAAUCUAGGUAAUAACAUAAUUAAUAUAGAGGCAUCUGUGAUUAAUAUAUUAUUAGUAAGUUAAGACAUAUGAACAUAUGAAAGAGUGUACUACUAAAUAAUAAAUGCAUAAUUAAAUCCUAAUAGAAUUGAGGAAAUUUCAAGACUAACACUAAUAGAGAAAACAAAUAUAAUAGAUUUUAUGUUUCAUGCAGUGAAAAUGUAUUUUGUAUUGUUUUUCUGUUAAAAUUAAUUCAGGGUUAAAUGGCCAAUACUCUUUGAUUUUUCUUUCCUUGUUAUAUUUAUUUAAAUGCACAAAAUGAUCCUACAGUUUCGCGGCUAUUUUUUCUCAACAUGAGAAAUUAUGUUAUGUUUAUUUUAGUAUUUUAUAUACCAUAGUGUACAAGUUUAAUAAAAGGAGCCGUCCCAGGUUUUACAGAGUAUGCAUUCAUUAAAAUGGGUUUAAGUAUGCUUUCAGGGUAGGCCUAUGUACUUAUUAAAAUGGGUUUAAGUAUGCAAUAUGUUACCCUGUGUGGGAAAGUUUCAAAUUUGAGUAUUGACCCCUUUUGGAAAUGACUGCUUUUUUUUCUUAAUGGGGUAACAUACGAAAAUUAAGCAAUUUCAUUGUUCAGUUAAAUAUGAGUGACCUGAUAAUUGCACUAUAAUUUCAACAAGUAUAAAGAAAUAGUUAUCUGGGCACUUAUAUCUAGCAUAGAAAGUUGUGACCAGAAACUUUAUAUAUCUUUGAGAAAGAUUUGCAGACCUUCAUAUAAUUGCACAGGACAAGGAUAUCAUUAUUAAUAAAGUGUCUGUCAUGAAGAAUAAUUUAUUUUAUUUACUGAAACAUGUCUGAGACUGCUCCUUUUAAGUAGAUAUAUUUUAUUAUAUUAAUAUUGUUGAUUAUUGGUAGAGAAUAAAGCUGUUUGUAAGUUU